GUCAAUAAACCAUAAAGAAGAAGAAGAAGAAGAAGGAAGAAGAAGGAAGAAGAAAUAUUUUCGCUUCAGAUUUUCGUUCACGAAAAGCAUUUCUUCUGCUGUGUGAGUGUAACUUUAUGGCCAAAUACAUGAGGCCCCCAAACACGUCUUUGUUCGUCAGAAACAUUUCCGAUGAGUCCAGGCCUGAGGAUUUGCGGCGUGAGUUUGGCCGCUAUGGGCCAAUAGUGGAUGUCUACAUCCCACUUGACUUCCAUACACGUCGACCAAGAGGAUUUGCAUACAUUCAAUUUGAGGAUGUGCGUGAUGCAGAAGAUGCUCUUCACAGCCUGGACAGAAAGUGGGUUUGUGGCCGUCAGAUUGAAAUCCAGUUUGCCCAGGGUGACAGAAAGACACCAAAUCAGAUGAAGUCGAAGGAAAGGCAUUCUCCGGGCAGGUCAUCUCGAUACGACGACUACGAUCGUGACAGCCGGCGCAGACGGUCGCGCAGUCGCAGCUACGACAGAUACAGGUCACGCAGCCCUUCUUAUGAUCGACAUCGCAGGCGAUCCGAGAGUCCUCGAGAGUCUCGUGGACGAGGGUAUGGAGGAAGAAGCAGGAGCCGCGAGGAUGAAAGAUACAGGCCGAGGCCUCGGAGAGAGUCCAGAGGAAGGUCUCGUUCACGCUCAAAAUCUGCAUCUCCACGAGAAAACGCCAACCCAGCGUCGACUUCCCAUUACACCGAGGAAGAAGUACGACGGACACACUCCCCAUCCCGCUCCAGAUCCCGGUCUGCAUCGAGAUCCCGCUCUCGUUCGCGUUCUCGGUCCCGAUCCUGGGCUGGGCGCAAGUCAGGCGGACGCUAGAAUAGUACCUGCUCCCCCUAUUAUCCGUCUGUCAGAUGCACCAGAGCUGGUUCAUUUGUCAAGAAAUGUUUGUUUUGACAUGAAUGUAACGUCCACUGAAACCUUUGUAGAAAGCUUGUUUUUGCGGCUCUAUUUUAAGAACAACGGUGGUCCUUUGCUUGGUUUUAUAAAAUUUCAUUGAUGAGAUUUUCCCGAUUUAGAAAGAUGAAACGGUCAGUGGCGUUUUCUGUGUUCCGUGGUAGUCGGCCAGGAAUAAUUGUCUUUUUUAUAUACGGUUAUUGAUAGGUUUGUUUUCUAAACCCUAUGCACCCAUUUUUGCAAAAAAAAUAACAUUCAGUAUUUUAAAAUGAAUCCAGUCUGUUGAUGGACCAAACCAGCGUUUUCUGUGUGCUUUAUCGCAUUUAUAACAAAUCAUGUACUUUUUACUCUACUGCUGACCACAGAUUUUUCUUCCUUUCUUUCAGCCACAGGUGUUCAUUUAUUUUACUGUAUCGAAAUGUAUGUUCAAAAACAUUGAGAUGAUCAUCAACCUUUAUUGUCAAAGUAGCAGACUGAAUUGAAAAAUGCACUGCAUUAACCUGCAAAUAUAAAUCUAAAAAAAAGAAGCAUACUUUGACAUUCAAGUUUUAGUCUCUGCAAGACAAUGAUUGUCAUACUUUGAAAAUGAGUCACUGGCUGCCAGGAAGAAAAACAUAAAAAAUGUAAAAGGAUAUGGUCUGGGUUGGAAAAUGAUCAGCAGUAGCGUCAAGUAUGAAUAUUGAGGCAAAAAUACACAAACGCUGCUGUGGUCCUUAAGUGUUAAGAUGUUGUUGACCAUUGACUUUAACCACAAAAAGUACAUUAAUCUGUUUUAAUUUUGUGGUGUUUUCUGUACGAUUUCCAAAAGUAUUUUAUUUUCCGAACAGUUCUCCAAAUUUUGGUUGAGAGGAGGAACAAAAGUUGCUCGUUGGUGUUUACAUGUUGAUGGUUUCCUUCAGAAUGAAUCUUGUCACUGCAUGUUCUAUUCUCUAAUCUUCUAUCUUUAGUAGGAAUAAACUGUUAUUUUCAGUACUAAAUGGAUAACAUUCAGUAUAAGGAAACUGUGUGUGGCUUUAGUUCGUAAACUCUGCUUGCAGAUACAAAUUGGUCCACUGAAGUUUAUUAAUAUAUGUAUUUACACUAGGCAGCCAAGCUCUAUGUAAAGAUAAAGAAACAUAAAGGGAUAGUUUGGAUCUGGGGUUGUAUGAGGUACUUAUCCAUGGUCUGUGUAUAUAUAGAUGGAGGUCGGCACGCCCCCCAGUUUGGAGAAACGGACACUAGUUCUGUCAAGGAAGCUAAGCAAUAAACUGCUGCGGAAGGAAAACAUAUUUUAGCCACCUAAAAAAGGACCCACUAAAAUACCAAUAUUAGUUUAAGUGUAAUGGGUGAGGAUGGUGCAGUGGAUAUGACGCAUGCCUUUGGUGUGGGAGACCUGGGUUCAACUCUCAAUGUGUCCCUGAGCAAGACACUUAACCCCUAGUUGCUCCAGAGGCGUGCGACCUCUAACAUACAGUAUAGCAGUUGUAAGUCGCUUUGGAUAAAAGUGUCCGCUAAAUGACAUGUAAUGUAAAAGGGUACGCUAUGUGUAAAAUAUUUUCACCACUUUACCUUCAGUCAAACUGCCCUUUCCCAUACUGGAACUGAAGCUGAUGUAUCGCUCUCUUCAAAGCCACCGCACUCCUUUAACAAAAACAGUAAUUUAACAACAACUGUAAUUCUACCUGUUUUUGUCAAAGGAGUGUGGUGGCUUUGAAGAAAGCAUAGACACAACUGCUUCAGUUCCCCAUCAGAAAGGGCUGUCUGAAAGUAAGGUAAAGCAGUGGAAAUAUUCUAAAUUUAGUGUACACAGAUAUACAGUAGUUUUUUUUUUAUUUAUUUUAUUUUUUUCAAGGUGGAUAAAAUGUGCGUUGCUCCUGCCCCCGUCCACAAGCAGUCCAUUGCUUAGCUUCUAUGUCAGGACCUCUGUCUGUUUCUCCAAACUGGGGACAUGCCGACCGCCAUAAAUAUACACUGAUGAAUGAUUUGUACCUCAUGCAACCCCACUUUAAAAGAUCCAAACUAACCCUUUAAUUCAUUUGUGAAUUUAAGGAGACAAUAUGCAGGAAACCUCAGGAGAAUUAAGUCAGAGUUUCCCAUCCAAUAGCCUGAUGUCCAAUAGGUGUUUCAGUAUUAUGAGAAUAAGUGAAAUCGCAGUCUGCAGUCAUCUGCAUGGAAAACAGACCAGUCCAGCCAUGAACAUCGAUUUCCUUUUAAUGGAUCAGUAGCUAGGGUGAACAACUUAAAAUUAGAUUCACAGCGAAGAAGCAACCAUGUAUGAAAUCGGACGUGCCCCAUUGAUCCCUGUAUUGAAAAAAACAAACAUUGAUUAAAUGAGUACAAUGACAGCAUGGAGGCUUGAUGUGAGUUACUUUAUCAAGAAUAUUGGUAUUAAGCACAGGGUUGGUACAAAUACAGAACAGACUGAACCAAGAUAGUACUGCAUUAAUGCUAUAUGACUGAGAUAUGAUCUCACCAUUAAUAAUGGGGUUGCUGGUUCAAGCCCUGCCAUUCUUGCAAAGUUUUAGCAAACUGUUUUAAGUCUGUCUAGCAUUACAUUUGUUGCGCCCACCAUCUCUGAUCCCCUGCUCCUUGAACUUUGUUUUGUACCUGAUGCUGCACUGUCACCCCCCUGAAGAUGUACAAAGGUGCACAAGUUGAACAUCUAUUGAGUCCCCAUUCACCAUUCUGUCUCUGUAAGCAAACUUGCAGUGAUAUUAGACCUGAAACAAUUAGUCGAUUAAAAAAAAAUGUGUCUGCAGUCAUUUAAACAAAAGGGAAAACUCUUUGUUUUGUUCUGUUAUGGACAAAACAAGCAAUUUGAAGAUGUCAACUUUGGGAAAUUGGGAUGGCAAUAUUUACCCAUUUCUCAAAGUGAUUUAUCGAUAAAAUAAGUGGGAUUUGUUUGGAUUUCGUGUAAAUAAUACCUUAUUAUAAAGAGUAAAAGACCAAUGUGUUGGAUCAUAGGCUACCCAGUACAAUGACUAACACAGAUUAGACAUGUAGUGGCUCAUGAAGCUGGUCUUUGGAUGUUUUCUCUAGUGAGGAAGGAAACUACAUUGGUGUGUCUAUGAACUCUCAUCUGUGUGAAUGUUCAAUCAGUUUAACUAAGAAUGUAAUAAAGUAUUUCAAUUAGGCAACAGAACAUUUUAAUAUUCUUCAAAUAAAACUUCUAACAGUUA